AUGCCUAAGCAUGAAAAGUCGACAGAAGGAAAUGAUGGCAGUGGUGACAAUGAAGAAGGCAGUGCAGCUGAGAAUGAAGAAAAUGUCAAAGGAACAGAUAAAGGAAGGAAGAGAGCAACUCCAAGAACUGCAAGAGGUCACGCCAGGGGGAGAGCCAGGCAUGGUGAUGAAGAGAAUGAGGAUGAUGAAGAUGGGACAAGGAGAGCUGGGCAUCACAGGCACAGAAACCGUAGAAGAGGACGAGUAGUUGGAAAUGAGGGCAGUGAUUCCGAUAUGGAAGCUGCAAAAGCCAGGAAGAACCAGGCAAACCAGAAAUCCAAGGAAGAUGAUGAAGAAGAGGAAGAUGGGAAAGGGGGUAAGAGUGGGAAAGACAAAAAUGAGAAGAAAGUGGACAAAAAGCCUGAUAAGAAAGGGAAAAAAGAGAAAGCAAAUAAGAAGAAAAAAGACAAAAAGAAAUCAGGAUCUGGCUCUGAUUCUGACUCUGAGGAGGAGCCAAUUACAGAGGAGGAAUUGGCCAAGCUGAAAGAAGAGGUAGAAGAAAAAAAGAAACUAAUUGCCACGCUACGAAACAAGCCAUGGAAGAUGAAAAAGAAGUUGUCUGUCCUGAAGGAAGCCCAGAUUUUUGUUGAGAAGUUUGAAGGUGCUCUUGGAAAAGGAAAAGGAAAAAAAUUCUAUGCAUACAAAGUGAUGAUGACCAAGAAAUGGAUGAAAUUUCAAAGAGACUUUGAGAAUUUUAAGACAGCCUGUAUACCCUGGGAAAUGAAAAUUAAGGAGAUUGAAAGUCACUUUGGCUCAUCAGUAGCAUCUUAUUUCAUAUUCUUGCGCUGGAUGUAUGGAAUAAACAUGAUUCUCUUUGGACUGACCUUUGGACUUGUAAUGGUGCCUGAGGCGUUACUAAUGAGAAGCAUAGGCAUCAUACCCUUGAAAACUUUAAGUAGAGGAGAAGAGAUCACAUAAUUAAGACACGUAACGUUAUAAUUUUUUCUGACUUUUCAGGGCUUUGCACAGUAUUCUGUACUCUUUUAUGGUUAUUACAAUAACCAGAGGACAAUUGGAUGGCUCAAGUUCAGGAUGCCUCUUUCGUAUUUCCUUGUUGGGGUUGGGACUAUUGGCUACAGCUUUAUGAUUGUCAUUCGAACAAUGGCAAGAAAUGCAAAUGAUGACGGUGGUGGAGAUGAUACUAGUUUUAAUUUCAGCUGGAAAAUGUUUACAAGCUGGGACUACCUGAUUGGCAAUCCUGAGACAGCAGAUAAUAAGUUUGCCUCCAUCACAACAAGCUUUAAGGAAGCAAUCGUGGAGGAGCAGGAGAGCCGAAAAGAGGAAAAUAUUCACUUGACUCGAUUUCUGAGGGUUCUUGCUAACUUCUUAGCCCUAUGCACACUUGCUGGAAGUGGCUACCUCAUCUUUUUUGUUGUCAGAAGAUCCCAGAAAUUUGCCUUGGAAGGUCUGGAGAACUACGGGUGGUGGGAAAGAAAUGAAGUGAACAUGGUUAUGUCACUUUUAGGAAUGUUCUGUCCAACUUUGUUUGAUGUAAUCAGUUCCCUGGAAAAUUAUCACCCUCGAAUAGCUCUAAGAUGGCAGCUGGGACGAAUCUUUGCCCUUUUUCUUGGCAAUCUCUACACUUUCAUUAUCGCCCUAAUGGAUGAAAUCAAUCUGAAGUUGGAAGAAGAAAAGAUAGUCAAGUAUAACAUGACAAUAUGGGAAGCCAGUCUGUACAAUGGUACUAUUCCAGAAAAUUCGACUGCUCCUCCAAUACAGGUGGACCCUGCUGAUGUCCCCAGAGGGCCAUGCUGGGAAACAAUGGUGGGACAGGAAUUUGUGCGCCUGACAGUGUCUGACACGAUGACAACAUACAUCACAAUUCUAAUUGGCGAUUUUUUGAGAGCUGUCUUUGUUAGGUUUUUCAAUUACUGCUGGUGCUGGGACUUGGAGUAUGGAUUUCCAUCAUAUUCUGAGUUUGAUAUAAGUGGAAAUGUGCUGGGACUGAUCUUUAACCAAGGCAUGAUCUGGAUGGGAUCUUUUUAUGCUCCAUGUCUCCCAGCAAUCAAUGUGUUUCGCCUCCAUACAUCGAUGUACCUGCAGUGCUGGGCGGUGAUGUGCUGCAAUGUCCCCCAAGAGAGGGUCUUCAAGGCUUCCAGAUCCAAUAACUUCUACAUGGCCAUGCUGCUUUUCAUCCUCUUUCUCUCUACACUGCCUGCUGUGUACACCAUUGUCUCCAUCCCACCAUCUUUUGACUGUGGUCCUUUCAGAUGCAAUAGUACCAUAAUACCACAUAAAAAUCUGCAUCAAGCUGGCUCACCCACUCUUCUCACAGGCAGCUGCUUGUGUGCUAGGGAGGUAGGUACAGAAGGAGGCAAUGAAACCACUGUAAUCUUGACUCAGACAAGCAUGUUUGAUAAUUUUGUUAAAGAUAAUGUGGACCUCUCUGAAGAGGAGUACAGUGACACAGUGCAGGCUGAGGAAACCUAUCGUGAUUGA